AUGCCGAACACAACUGUUACCCGUGCUACUACAUCUUCUGGGGAUGAUUUGGGAAGCACCGACGAAGUAAAGGUUUUCAAAGAUGAAGGAGAUCGUGAGGACGAAACGGUUUCAUCUGAAAUUUUAUUAGAAGAGAAAUCUAGUUUAAUCGACUUAACCGAAAGUGCUGACAAAUGUGGAGAACUACAUAUAAGUACUUCACAUAGUCCCGGUUUGAAUAAAAUUGAAUCACGCGCAUCAGACUUUAAUAUGACAUAUCUUGUUUCUCCUUAUACAUAUACCAAUGGAGCUGCAACAGGGCUUCCUGUGGCAAUGGCUAACAAACUCGGAUUACGAUGUUUUCUGAGUCAGAAUGGGGAACAUUUUACCUCACCUCCACCCGCUCACUGCGGCAUUCCACCUUAUCAUAUAGAUGCUAAAGCAAUGGGGAUUUCAAGAGCAACAAUUUAUCCAUUUUCUUCUAGUCAAUAUCCAUACACAAUUAUAAGUCCAGAAAUAUCACAAGUUGCCUCUUGGCAUACACCAUCGGCCUACUCAGCAGCUAGCUUCCGUACUACGUACCAUACACCACUUUCCAAUGAAAUCUCCAACGACUUUUCAUUUCGAUUUUCACCAAAUUUACUAGCUCCAGUGCACACAUCACCAUAUCAUGUUAUUGGCUCACAAUCUAAUAUUGAGCUAGGAACAAAUAAGUACAAUGGGGAAAAAAAUAUAAUUUCGAAUCAAUACAUUAAUUUGGAUAGCAAGAAUAAAAAAAAUCAACAUACAAAUGAUUCGGCUAAAGAGGUUCCAAAAGAAACGAAUAAACCACAUAUUAAAAAACCAUUGAAUGCCUUUAUGCUCUACAUGAAAGAAAUGAGAGCAAAAGUUGUAGCAGAAUGUACCCUAAAAGAGUCAGCAGCAAUAAAUCAAAUACUAGGCAGGCGAUGGCAUGAAUUAUCUCGUGAUGAGCAAGCUAAAUAUUACGAAAAAGCGCGACACGAACGCCAGUUACAUAUGGAACUAUAUCCCGGCUGGAGUGCUCGAGAUAACUAUGGAUACGUAUCCAAGAAAAAAAAACGCAAAAAGGAUAAAAAUUCUCAAGAAUCUUCUAAGCAUUGCAUAAAAAAAAAAUAA